AUGGUGGUGAUCCAAUCCACAGAUCGGGAACUAGCUGCCCCUCCUACCGGCACUAAGCUGAAGCAUGUCCUUCUCGGCCACGGCUACCAGAACUACACGUGCACCCAGGCCGAACAGGAUGGUCCCUUCACCUCCACGGCUACCGGUGCCCUCGCCGUGCUUUACGAUGUGUGGUCGUUCUUCCCUGCUCAGGGCGCCUCUGCCUUGUCCCUCGAGGGUGUUUUCGGGCUCGCCAACGAGGCCGCCCAAACUGACGUCCCCUUGAACAUUGAGGCGGAGGAGGUCGAAGGCCGCAUCGACGGCGCCGCCCCCGCCGUCGUCAAGUCGAACCCCUGGAUUGCCCCCGCCGACGUCACCCUUCCCAGUGCCGGCGCGCCUCUCAAGUUCAAGGGUGUCCACUACUUUGACAACGGUGGUGUCCCGACGUUCGACCUCGGCAGCGACUUCUUCCGCGCUAAGAAGCUCGACGACCUCAACGCCCCCGCCACCGCCGGCACCAGCAAGGACGGCAGCAAGGCUGUCAAGUGGCUCCUUCUCGGAGAUGCUGGUGGCUCUACUGGCAUUCAGUACGUGUACCGCGUCAACACUGUUGGCGGUGCCGGCCAUACCUGCUCCUCCGUAGGCGACGACAGCACCGAGUACGCCACCUUUUACUACCUGUACGGUUAA